GGUUGGUUGGCUGGUGGUUCGGUUGGUUGGCGCAGCUGUAAUCACCUCGUUCGAGAUCCAACUGUGCCGCAGAGCGCAAGCAUUGGCUCGCAAGACGUUGCAACUGUGGACGUGCGCAGGACGUACAAAGGGCCGUGGCGGGCCCCUCCGGCACUGCCGACCACAGCCAACGAACGAGCGCAGGAAGGGGGGAAGGCGGGCCGGGACCACGGGCGGGGCACAGGUUCACAGCGAGCCGAUAGUGUUCCUGCUGUAUAACAACCGAUUCGAAUUGCUGGUUUUGCGAUCGUCUCCAGUGGCGAGAUUGCGUUUCCACUUCUGCUGCUUCUCUCGCUCGCAGUCGCUCGUGAUUUUCCUCCUCCUCUCCGCCUCCAACAGCCUCACCUCGCCUCAUUCGGUUUCGUGUCGACGGACUCCGAAGCGAUUUCUGAUACCUGCAGGACCAUCAGCACCGUCUUCGCAGCUCUUCGGCUCUCGAUCUAGAGCUUUUGAUCGAGGUGAAGAUAGCUGCGUCCUCGCCUUCGGUCGUCGAGAAUGUGCCCCAACAGGAGGCAGCUGCAGCAUGUGAAUUUCGGGAGCAGUCUCGAUCUUCAAAAUCAAGUGUUCGGAAGCAACAUCAACCGGCUGAGAGAAGCGUUUGAUGUUUUAGACAGGGACGGUGAUGGAAUAAUCGCCGCAUCGGAUUUGGAAGGAUUUCUACAGAAGGUGGUCGCCAGCAAGCUCAUUUCGAAGAGCGACGUCCGUAGAAUGCUUGCUCUGGUCGAGGGAGACGUCGAUUUUGAACAGUUUCUGCGACUUUUGAAAGUAGAAGGUAACUCCGCUGCGCAUGGGGAGGCCACCCCCUUGACGCAGGAGAACAAUGAAGCUCUGCGCACCAUGUUUCGCGUGCUGGACAAGAACGGAGACGGAGUCAUCUGCUCUGAGGAUUUGAAAUCUGUCAUGAACACUGUGGACGGUUCCGGGCGACGUCUGUCCGAGACCGAUAUCCGAGGGAUGCUCGAAGCAGUGGGAGCGGGUGAGAAGAAAGUGAGGUAUCAAGACUUCGUGAAGUUCAUGUCAUUCUCCAGACCUGCCAGACCCCAGUACAACGGCCCUUCUCCCAGGAGUGCCAAAGUCCAGUAAAUUCCCUAAUCAUCUUCUUCUACUCAACGUCGCUUCGAGCCCUUUAUUCUACUCGAUCAGCUUCACAACGAAAGGACGGUCUUCAAAUCUCUAGAGCAUAUCAGCUCGAUGAGAAGGAUGGACCAAGCGAUGUCGGCCAGCCUGUCCAACUCUUCCUCCAUGCGGCUACCGUCAAAUAUGUUGAAGAGGUGUAUUAUUUUGCAUUUUCCAGUAACCUAACAUUAGACUGUACAUUUGAAGUAUACCGACUUAUUCUCUUGAGGAAAAGUUUUAAUUAACUGCGAAAAUUUAGAACUGUUAUCGUGAUGGGGUAUUCAACGUAUGGUAUUUUCAAGAGGAAUCGAGCAUGUGUAUGUCUCGGGUUCAAGGAAGGACCAUUCGCCUGAAGCAUUUAUUAAAACUAUUUGGACCAAAUACACCUUCUAAAGGUUUUUGCAGCAUUCAACGUCAGCAGUCGUCUCGGUCUCGAAUCGUAGUCAGUCACAGCCGGCCGGGAUUUCGACAUUAUGAAUGAAUGGUUCAUGCAAUUUUCUCUUGUGGGUGUCCGAGCUUGACGAUGCACAGUUCUUCGUCUGGUCGCAUGAAAAUGUACAUAAUUCCAUUCGCGUGUACGAGGUUGUUUCACGUACUAUUGCGUUUUGGCUUUCUGAUUUGGCAAUCUAUCUUAUAACCUAGUAGGCAAAAUUUGGUGUGUCAUGGGGUACACGUGAAAAGGUGGAGAGGAAAACUGGCGCGAGAACACCAGGUACGUGAAGGGAGACGGGGAAUUACAUGGAGUUGCAAUAGUAUACGGAAGAGACAAUUGGAAGCUUGUGGGGUUUAGUCAACUCUGAGGUAGAAAGCGUAGUGUGUAGGGAAUGGAUCGAAGCUACCGGAUGACUACAAUAAUUCAACUAACUAAUUUGUAUCUUACACCGCUGUAUAUGCAUGUUCUACACAUGUGUAUGUGCAUGAAUAGUUCACAUCAUACAUUAUCUGACCUAAGAUACCCUUGG